UCUGUCUCCAACAGUCACAGCAUCCAAGGAUGUGAAAGCUGUCACAGGUGGAUGUGGUGGAGGUCGUGGCGGAGGUCGUGGAGAAGCCCGGAUGAGAAGCUGCAGUGAUGGACACAUAUACACCCGAGGACGAGUCGGUCUCCCCAGCACCUCCUCCUCCUCCCUGGUGCUCUCCAACCCCAAAUCUGUCCUCAAGAGACCAGUGAGCACAGAGGAGCUACAAGAACCAGGAGGACCCUACAUCAGGAAAACCUUCACGAUUGUCGGUGAUGCGGUGGGCUGGGGCUUUGUGGUCAGAGGAAACCGGCCGUGCCACAUCCAGGCCGUGGAGCCUCAGGGUCCAGCUGCUCUCGCAGGGAUGAAGGUUCGCCAGUUUGUGGUUUCAGUCAACGGCCUCAACGUUCUUGAUCUGGACUACCGGAUAGUCAGCUAUCUGAUCCUAACGGGACCCAGAACCGUGGUGAUGGAAGUGAUGGAAGAGGCUGAAAACUGAGAUUAGAGUUACGUGAC